CUAAUUUAAUUUGUUCAGAAAUGGUCUGGCGAAGUGUUAUUAUUAGGUGGGAAAGUACAAGUGAAGCUCAUAAGAAUGAGAGCCUCCGGAUUGGGAGUGGUAAGACAAAAAGCGUAGUUGAGGGAGGAUGCAGUAUUUAGGGGCGUCUUCUUUCUUUGAUUUGUAUUUGUAUAAUUGUAUCUGUAUGUAUAUAUACUACUAGUCAUCCCAAAGCAGAAAGCGACCUCAGGGAAAUAGACACGCAAAGUAAGUCUCAGAGGCAGUGUGAUCAUGGGUAACACCCUCCGAACUCUCGCCCCCAACUCCGAGCGACCCCAAGAUACCCAACCCGCCGCUCUGGACCUGGAAUCGCAAGCUCAAAACGGGCCCUUCACAUGCGAAAUCUGCGUCGAGCCGAUGAUCUUGCCCAGAAAAUUCAAGAACAGGACCAUCUGCUCUCACCCAUUCUGCACUGACUGUAUCGUCAAGUACAUCUCCGUCAAGCUCGAAGACAACGCCGCCACAAUUCAGUGUCCUGCUCUGGAUUGCUCCGAAUUUCUCGACCCGAUUUCAUGCCGGACCCUACUUGCCCCCCAGCUGUUCGUCAAAUGGUGCGACGUGCUUUGCGAGGCCACAGUGCUGGAAUUGGACCGCUGUUACUGCCCCAACCGCGACUGCUCCACGCUGAUCGUCAACGAGUGCGGCGGGAAUGUGAGGCGCUCCCACUGCCCCAAUUGCAAGAGGCUGUUUUGCUUUCACUGCAAGCUUCCUUGGCACGCCGGCUUCCGUUGCGAGGAAAGCCGCGAAUUGAGGGAUGUAAACGACUUAGCUUUCGGUGUGCUUGCUGAGCAGAGAAGGUGGUCGCGCUGCCCCAGGUGCCUUCAUUUCGUCGAACGCAUUGAAGGCUGCAAAAUUAUUCAUUGCAGGUGUGGCAUAAGCUUCUGUUACAGAUGUGGAAAACAGGUGCAUCAACAUUGGUGCGGAUGUGAUACAGCUUCAUGUUGCUGCAUAUGGACUUGGAAAAUCCUAAUGUUCUUUCUCGCCCUCAUGUUUUUCUACUUCCUCUUCUGGGGCUUCGGCAUGAGGCCCCCUCGCUUUGCUCCCUGAGUUGUGAAGUAAAAUGGCUGCCAUGUGAGACUACUGGGAUGGAUAACGUGAGGGACAACAAAUGGAACGGAGUUUUGAAGAUGGUAAAUCAAACCAGGGGGCCAACUUUAGGCUUUUAGCAUCCCUUCCACUCACGCACUAUAGUCUAUAUAUACUAAGGAGUAAUAUAAUACACAUAAUAAUAUUAUCAUAUUCCUACUACAUCGUAUUUCUGUACAUAGCUCUCUAUACUUGCAAAGUACAGAAUAUUAUAUUUAACUUAAAUAUUAAUCUUCGUUAUUAACUGCAUUCAAAGCAAAUGGUUG